AGAGUCAGCUCAGCUGUCAGAGAGCUCGCAGCGGAAACCGUAAAAGGAACUUUGUGUUUUUCUGCUGAACUGAACGGAUCCGACAACAAAACAAAAAACGUUUUUCUGGCACGCGGGGCUUUCUGCUUUUACCUAGCAACAGGAGCGACCGCGAAACGGAGGGGAAGGAACCGAACCCUUUUAUUUCCUCCUUUGUUUUUUUGAUCAGCAGAAAUCCAUCUCCUUCCUCGUCGUGGAAAGAACUCGGCCUGCGACCUCAAUGCUCCACGCCGGGACUCUUCGCCGGUGGACCCGCGCCGCUGUAGGCCCCUAAAAGCCCGCGUGCGCGCGUGUGCGAGCAGGCCGAUGCCCGCGGCGGCGCGCUCAGCUACAGCGGAGGAUGAGUCCGGCCGUGGAGGCGCAGACGCAGGAGGCCAUGGAUGCGGAGCAGAAGCAGGAGCAGUGCUUCCUGGGUAAAGGGGUGAUGCUGGAGCCCUUCGUGCACCAGGUGGGGGGGCAUUCCUGCGUCCUGCGCUUCGGGGAGCAGACCAUCUGCAAGCCCCUCAUUCCCCGGGAGCAUCAGUUCUACCGGAGCCUGCCCGCUGCGAUGAGGAAGUUCACCCCGCAGUACAGAGGUGUGGUGUCGGUGAGCUUCGAGGAGGACGACGAGAGAAACCUUUGCCUCGUCGCUUACCCCCUCAGCAGCGACCCAGCAGCCGACCUGGACAUCAGCGAUCUCUCAGGAGAUCGCGAGUCUAAAGGGAAGAUCCUCCAGUGGGGGAAAAUGACGCCGUCGCUGCUUGUGGACAACGAAAAUCACAGCUGCAACUCCAACAAAGACAAGAGCGCUCAGAAGCUGCAGGAAGACCUGGACGUAGAGCGGGUGCAACAGGCGGAGGGCCUCCACCACAGACUGGAGCGCAGUCACAGCAAUGCCACCCCGCAGGUCAAACACAACCCCUGGAGCCUGGAGUGUCACCAGCAGCACCUGCAGAGGAUGAAGGACAACGCAAAGCACCGCAACCAAUAUAAGUUCAUCCUUCUGGAAAACCUGACGUGGCGGCACGCCGUGCCGUGCGUUCUGGACCUGAAGAUGGGCACGCGGCAGCACGGAGACGACGCCACAGAGGAGAAGAAAGCCCUUCAAAUCCGCAAGUGCCAGCAAAGCACGUCUGCUUUGAUAGGAGUCCGCUUCUGCGGCAUGCAGGUGUACCACUCUGACACGGACCAGCUGAUCUACAUGAACAAAUAUCAGGGCCGUAAACUGACUCUGGCGGGCUUCAAAGAGGCUCUGUACCAGUUCUUCCACAGCGGUCGGCGCCUGCGGCAGGAGCUGCUCUCGCCGGUGCUGAGCAGACUCCGGGAGAUGAAAGACGCUCUGGAGGCGUGCGAGUCCUACCGCUUUUACUCCAGCUCCCUGCUGAUCAUCUACGACGGCGCCCCUCACAGGAAGCACACCCGCCGACACACUGAGGAGGGGCUGUCCGAAGACGAGGAGGACGAGGACGAGGAAGCUGAAGCGGAGGAGGAAGAGGAGGCGGGCGCACUCGGCUUUCGGCACGGCUCCCCGUUGAGCGACGGCGGCAGCGGCUGCGGCAGCGGCUGCUCGAGCGGCGGCGGCGGGAGCCAGGCUCGUGUGUCCAGGCCAGAGUGCAGCAGCCCGGCGGUGGAUGUGAGAAUGAUCGACUUUGCCCACACCACCUGCAGACAUUAUGGCGAGGACAGCGUGGUCCACGAGGGCCAGGACCGGGGCUACAUCUUCGGCCUCCAGAACCUGAUCAGCAUCAUCUCUGAGCUGGAGAGCCAUCGCAUAGACUAGGGGUUCUCAAAGGUUUUGUAGCAGAGGGCCAAAUUAGGAACUCCACAUUAAACUGGGGGCCAAUUUUGGUGAAAACAGAAAAGGUUGUUUAUAAUAACUUAAAUGACCAAGUGUCAUUUGUACCAGGCCCUCCAGAGGUUUUCCCAGUUAAGGUCGGAGGUUGUUGCCCAGAUCUUCUACUCCUCUAGUAAUCGACAGACUUUCUUUUGCUCCUGACAAAACAAUGUCAGCUACUUUCAGCAUUUAUUCUUUUUACAAACCCCCCAUCACUGAAGGGUCAUUUCCAUUUCCAAAGCCACAAUGUAGCUACUAGCUUCUGUCCCAGCUUCACUGGAUUUGGUCAUUUUUGUAAACAUCUGCUGUGCAGCAUCGCCUCGUUGUAGUUGGUGGAGGUUAUUGUUGCGCUCCUCGCCGGUAAAUUUGUCAUGGUUUUUAUGAUUUGUAACAUAGUGACGAUUUUUAUUGAAUUCUUUGAGCAUUACAUUCACCUGCUUGCAAAUAAGGCACAUGACUAUAUCCAUGGUGUACGACAAAGUAAGCAUUUGUCCACUUGAAAGCGCCUUUUCUCCUCGUCAACACAACGUUUUUCCUCAAAAGGAACCUGCUCUGCCUCUCUGUUAUUGAGGGCCACAGAAAAUCUUCAUGCGGGCCGCCGUUGGCCCCCUGGCCGCACUUUGAGAACCCCUGUCAUAGACUAAAGGCAAACGGCAGCAUAAAAACUGGAUUUCAAACGUUACUUUGAAAUUGGACGGACUUCGGGGUCGGGUCUUUUUACCCGACCCUCCUCUGCGGCAGCCAUCGGUGCUUUUCCAUCCAACCGGACAGAAAACCAGCAUGAAGAGCAGAAGCUCCAUCGGUGUGAAAGAUGAUUCUCCAGCAUCAUCUUCCUGUUUGGAUCAGUCUGAUAAAAGGGGCAGAGGAUGAGUCAAAGCAAUUGAAGGCCAUAAAAUGUUAUCUUCUAAUUUCCAAAGAGGGUGUGAUUUUUGCACAAACAUGCACAGAAGGACAAAGUUUGUGUUUUUGCACAGAAACAGGACUUUCCAAGAGAGCGGGAGACUGUUCCAUCCAUCCAGACACAUAGAUGCAGGAUAUGACAUAGAUAUAUUUAACUCUUGGCUAUAUUUCAUAGAAAAACUAUAAAAGCAAAAGGACCUCAUGAAUGGAAAGACUACAUUCCAUGUUGAUAUUGUUAAAGACAUUAUUCAUGUUAUUUGACAUGUUUAAUACACUGUGUCUUUUUAUUUGUGUUAUCCAGAGUUUGUUAGAAGGGAAUUAAAACCUUGCUUGUGGUAACGGAA